GAUCGCUGGUUUUGGCGUCUGAGGAACAACAAGGUGCAGGAGGGUUACCCCAUGCAGAUCGAUCAGUUCUGGAAAGGUCUGCCCCCUCGCAUCGACGCCGCCUACGAGAGAUCCGAUGGCAAAUUUGUCUUCUUCAAAGGUGAUAAGUACUGGGUGUUCAAGGAGGUCACGGCCGAGCCGGGUUACCCUCACAGUCUGGUGGAGCUGGGCAGCUGCCUCCCCAAAGACGGCAUCGACACGGCGCUGCGCUGGGAGCCGGUGGGGAAGACCUACUUCUUUAAAGGGGAUCAGUACUGGCGCUAUAACGAGGAGAAGCGCACCGCUGACCCCGGGUACCCCAAACCCAUCACUGUGUGGAAGGGAAUCCCAGAUGCUCCGCAGGGGGCCUUCAUCAGCAGAGAGGGCUACUACACCUACUUCUACAAGGGGAAGGAUUACUGGAAGUUCGACAACCAGAAGCUGACGGUAGAACCUGGAUAUCCAAAAUCUAUCUUACGUGACUGGAUGGGCUGCGACCAGUCCGACAUGGAACGCUCCAGCGGCAGCGGAAACCGCGGUGACCGCCAGCUGCCCCUCGACGACGUGGACAUCAUGGUGACCAUCAAUGACGUCCCGACGACGGUCAACGCCAUUGCCGUGGUGAUCCCCUGCAUCCUGUCUCUGUGCAUCCUGGUGCUGGUCUACACGAUCUUCCAGUUCAAAAACAAAGGAGUGCAGCAGAACACCAUAGCACAGCCCUACUACAAAUACCCGGUUCAGGAGUGGGUAUGACAGGCAACUUCCCCCCAGAGGAGGUCAAAGUUCACAGGCGAAGUGGUUGUCAUGUUGUCGGCUAGCUAAGGGUGGCUAAUGGCUUAAAAGAAAAGCAGAGGAAAGGGAACAGUUGAUGCUACAGGACGCUGCUACAAGAUGCUAACUGGCUAGAAUCUCAUGACCUUCUGGUGACACAAGCACUUCUGUGUAAAACCGGAAGAUUCGGGACUUUGUCUUUUUCAGGAUCCGAAAAACCAACAGGGAGAACUAUUCCACAAAUACUGGACGAGGACGCGAUCAUCCAAGGACACGACUUUUCAGUCUGGACCUGAUGAUGCGAUGCUAAAGUUCUUCGGCUCCUCGUCUGGGACCUACGACACACAGCUCUCCUUCUCAGUGAAAAGAACGAGGAGGAGGACAACGCUCUUCUAACCCUGACAACGACAGCUUGUACCGUGUGAACUUCUUCAACUAGCAAGAUGAAAUUUAACUUUAAAAAAAGAAAACGAAUAAAAACAUCAAACUUGAAGAUAAAUGUAGGUAGAAAGGCCAUAACAAAGAAAACCAAGGAUUUCUCGGUGGGUUCGUUUAUUUUCGGUUGUAUGAAAACUGUCAGAGGACAUUUUUCUCUCUUUUAGCACCAGACACUACAAUUCCCAUCACCAUCAACUCGACUCUUUGAAAACUGUGUAGAUCUACAGAGCGUGGCGCGAUGCUGUGUGUAGAAUAGUGAGUCAUCAGCGUAUCGUGAUAGAUUAGAUCAACAGCCUUACACACGUCUGCUCAUAUUUAACGUCCACACAACCAGGGCUCGUAUUCAUCGAGCUGUAAAUGAAAACACUCAAAUGACGACAAGCGAUUUUUCUUAAAACGGGACCUUUCUUAAACUUGUUUUCAUUAAUUGUACAAAAUAUCUUAAUUGAUGAUGAAAACUACAUCAGCUGAUAGAAAAGUGGUAGUUUUAUCCCACUGUUUGCAUUUUAUUCAUAUAUGUAAUAGAAUGUUGCACCACACUUUUUUAGAAUUUAGUUUCUUUUUCAACCGAUUUCUUAUUUAAUUCCUAUUUAUACAUUCUAAAUAUAUUCUAUUGUUAAUUUUACAUGUUUAUUGCUGUUUGAG